GCAAGCGAAAUUCUUCUCGGGGCAUGGGCGCUCUGAACGCGUCCUUGAAGUGCGCGCACAUUCGCCUGUCCAACUCCAACUCAACUGUCUCGGUCAUUCACCCGCAGAGGUUUGCGCCAGUGCAGGGCAUUGUUCAUGUGGUCUGUGGCUCCUGGGGGCGACCCUAUUACGAGGUCACCAUUGACCACCUUGACGCUGCCUUCGGCUCCACCUGUGCGGUCGGAUGGGACUUGAAGAGAGAGUCCCUUGCCAACUUCCCUAUCGCCGGACUGACGUGCGGGGAGGACGGAGUGUCGUACGGGGUGUCAAUCCAGAACGACGGGUUCGUGAAUGCCAGAGGAAAGGCGGAGUUUGUCGGCUUCUCGUUCCAUCAGAACUCAGUAGUGGGGUGUGGCCUCGACCUCGCCAACAGUCGCGCUGUGUUCGUCGUGAAUGGAAAGACCAUCGACCUGUCGGCUGCUCAGGAGCAGGAAGACAUGAGACUACAAGCUAACUGCGCUUUCGUUCCUGCUGCCACCAUCUUUGCCGCUCGGCUGAAUUCACAGUGUCAAGUCACCUUCAACUUCACUGGACCUUUCAAGUUCGAGCAAUUCUUCAAGGAUGGUCGAUGGAGCGCGCUUGCUGACUCGAAGAGCAAGGAUGUAUAGCAUAUGUACAUUGUUUCUCUUAGUGUGUAGUGUAAGGUGUACAGUCAAUUUAUGAUACACGUAUCUAUAUUUCUUGAUACAUACUGACAAGUAAAAUCCUUGAACUU